UGGGUAUAAAAGCGGAGGCAUCGGGGGGGUUUGGAGCGCAGAGCGGUUGGGUCGUUGGUCGGGGAGUCUUGUGCCCCUCGUUCGGGAACUGCGGCUCUCCCUGGGGCGGCGGUAGCGGCGCGGCGGUCGGAGAAGCGGCCGGAGACCUCGGCUUCUGGUGAGCGAUGGCCCGAACCAAGCAGACGGCGCGGAAGUCGACCGGGGGGAAGGCGCCCCGCAAGCAGCUGGCCACCAAGGCGGCGCGGAAAAGCGCGCCCUCUACCGGCGGGGUGAAGAAGCCCCACCGCUACAGGCCCGGCACCGUGGCGCUGCGCGAGAUCCGCCGCUACCAGAAGUCCACCGAGCUGCUGAUCCGCAAGCUGCCGUUCCAGCGGCUGGUGCGGGAGAUCGCGCAGGACUUCAAGACGGACCUGCGGUUCCAGAGCGCCGCCAUCGGGGCGCUGCAGGAGGCGAGCGAAGCGUACCUGGUGGGGCUGUUCGAGGACACCAACCUGUGCGCCAUCCACGCCAAGCGCGUCACCAUCAUGCCCAAGGACAUCCAGCUGGCCCGCCGGAUACGGGGGGAGCGGGCCUAGAGCCAGGGCAGUUUUUACGGUGUUUUGUAGUAAAUCCUGUAAAAUACUUUGGUUUAAUUUGUGACUUUUUUUGUAAGAAAUUGUUUAUAAUAUGUUGCAUUUGUACUUAAGUCAUUCCAUCUUUCACUCAGGAUGAAUGCGAAAAAGUGACUGUUCACAGGCCUCGGGGAUGUGAGCGCUGUUGCUCAGGAGUGACAAGUUGCUAAUAUGCAGAAGGGAUGGGAUGGGUGAUACUUCUUGCUUCUCAUGAUGCAUGUUUCUGUAUGUUAAUGACUUGUUGGGUAGCUAUUAAGGUACUAGAGUUGAUAAAUGUGUACAGGGUCCUUUUGCAAUAAAACUGGUUAUGACUUGAUCCAAGUGUUUAACAAUUGGGGCUGUUAAGUCUGACCAUACAUCACUGUGAUAGAAUGUGGGCUUUUCAAGGGUGAGGAUACAAGUCUUAACCACAGUGUAACUUACAGUUUCCUAAAAAAAAAAAAAAAAGAAAAAAAGAAAAAAAAGUAAACCUGGCAGCUAUAGAUACACUAUGUGCAUUUAUAAUAGCUAUUUUAUAUAUUGUAGUGUCAACAUUUUUAAAUUAAAUGUUUUACAUUCACAUAUGGUGGGGAGUCUUGUCAUUAAGGUGUGUGUAAUUUAAGAGUCCAGUUGGUUUCCUUUUGAACUAGACUGCACUCGUUUUCAUAGUAGUAUGAACCGCUUUUGCGCAUUCUAUACCUUGCAUAAGUCCUCAUUCUACCACAUGUUAACUAACCCUCUAGCUGAUAAUGCAACCACUAAUGCGGGGGUCUUAUUUAUAAGGGCUCUAGAAUAUAAUAACAAGUUAUUCACACCAGCAUCAUCUGUUACUAAUACUCUAAACUUAGUAUAGUGCGGCUUUUCUUUGUGUUGUGGUUAGUCUCAACUAAGCUUGAGUUUUCGACCAAGAGGAAACAAUACUGAAGCUCUUUCUCGUGGCAUCUUGUGAGCUCUGAGGGAGGGGCACAGGGAAAACCUCUGCCAGUUUUCAGGGGGCAGUGGGUUAGGAUGCGUCUGGUGUGCAGUCAGUCCGGAAAUUGCACCUGACGAUGGCCUUCUGAGUGGUGGGAAACCUUAUCCUUUGAAAGUUUUUAGGUUAAUUAUGUAUGUUGGCUAAAUUUACGAAUAAAACUUGUUUCUUCAACUGAGUGUCAGAAACCUAAGUUGAAUGUACAAAGUUUUGAUUAGCUCCAUCAUCCAGGUUCUUUGUGCCCUAAAGUUUAGCUUAUUUCAGGUUUUUCUUGGUAGACCAAGGAACUUUAAAAAUAUAUAUAAAAGCAUGUACCUGGCCCUCGGCCUAAAUGCUUGUGAUUGCCGAACCUGCAGCAUGAGCUUAAGGCAGUUUCUGAGCAGCUUGGAGCUGUCCAGCAUAGAAAUAAAUACUCGUUAUUAAGGCUAUAUAUACAUAGACCCAGGGAAGGGAAAUUUGAUAGCGAUCUCUAUCACUGAAUGCUGUGUUGGUCCUGAACCACACCACCUUGGUGGUAGGAAAAACCUGACCCUCGUAUGUCAGGUGUAAGCAAAUCAGUCAUCAGACGAGCAUGCUGUAGAUUUAAACCUAAUAGUUUAGGAAGACUUUUCCCUCUAUUUAAAGGCAUAAGCCACUUGAGACAUAACCUUUUUAAAAUAAGUUAGGAUAGGCCUGGAGGGGUCUUGGUAACAGCCUUGGUGAGGUGUCCACAGGUAAGAGUUCUUAGGCUACGCUGGUUAUCAAGAAAGCCAGAAGGGCCACCAUAACCUGGUUUGGAACAAGAAUUUGCCAAAGAUGACUCAGUCGGGGUUUCUGAGGAGACAGGUGUUCGGCGGUCUUUGGAGGGCUGGAGAAUAGCACCUGGGCCUCGCCAAACUGCUUUCUGAAGUGACAGGGCCUCGCUUGGUUGGGCGGCUUGGCAACUGGCUGGUGAGUGCUCGCCCGGAGGACAGUAGUUGGUCCUAGGGAGCUGCCCCUGGGCAUUACUGCGAGGUAACAAACGGUCUGUUAGAGGAAGAAAAAGUGGGAGCUGAUGAAGGUAUCCUGUGCUCUUGAUGGAUGAGACAAAAAUAAAAGGUUUUGUUUGACGUUGA